UUCCUAAUAAAGUGGGCGGUGAGUAUUAAAGGCAUGUCUCUCCUCCACUGAUAGAUGGCGCGCCUCAGCUCGUUUCCGGUGAAGUUCUCUCGCGCCAAACUUCUCUCUGUUGCGCACGAGAAUGGCGACGCGUGCUAAAGCAGCUCGUGGGGCAAAGCGUAAGGCGGCCGUGGCUGCAGAGGCGGAGCCUGUGGCAAAGCAGGAUAAAGGAAACGAGGCUGAACAAGAGGAUCAAGGCCAGAGAGUUAUCAUCGAACACUGUAAAAGCUGACGUGUGUACGGCCGGAAUGCCGAUGCGGUGCGUGAGGCUCUCCUUGCCGCACAUCCUGAGCUGCGUGUGCUGCUCAACCCCGAGAAGCCUCGACGCAACAGCUUUGAGGUCACUUUGAUUGAGGGGAUCAAAGAGGUGGUGUUGUGGACUGGUAUCAAGAAAGGUCCUCCCCGUAAACUGAAAUUUCCAGAGCCUGCUGAGGUUGUAAGUGCCCUGGAGAAUGCCCUGAAGAGAAAGUAGAAAUUGUGAGGAAAGUUAAUCAUCUUGGGUUUCUUGGAUGCAUAAUGAUGAGGAUGGACCAAACGGUUGACCCCCAGUCUGUUCUCUGAUGACUUGUUUGGCAUCCUGACCUGGAUCAUUGCUGCCUCCUCAUGAUCUUCUGCUUUACUUCUUUUGAAUUCACAAACUGACAUCUGUGUUCUUUCUUUAACUGUGGCUAUAUUAUAGAAGUUUGUGUAGACUUGUGAUUCAUUACUUGUUGGGAAAUGUGUUUGGUACACUAUAUAGCCAAAAGUAUGUGAACACCUCGCACCCGUAUGUGCUUGUUGAACAUCCCAUUUCAGAUUUAGUCCCCCUAUUGUUGUAAUAACCUCCACUCUUUUGAGAAGGCCUUCCAUUAGAUUUUGGAGCGUGGCUGUGAGGAUUAGUAAGGUUAGGGACUGAUGUUGUAUGAGGAGGUCUGGGGUGCAGUCUGUGUUCCAGUUCAUACCAACAGUGUUCAGUGGGGUUGAGGUCAGGGCUCUGUGCAGGACAGUCGAGUUCUUCCAAUCCAACCUUCACCCACAAUUUCUUUAUGGUUUCACUUUUUGUGCAAGGGAAAGUAUACAGUAUACAAAGACAUUCUAUACAAUUGUGUGCCUCAGACUUUGUGGUAAUAGUUUGGGGAAGAACCACAUAUGAGUGUGAUGGUCAGGUGUCCACAAACUUUUGGCCGUAUAGUGUACGUUUGGUGUAUUAAAAUCUGUUAUGAACAUCUUUUUGAAUUCCUAAACGUCUACUGUUCUUUGUGUAUGAAAGAAAUAAAAUUUCUGUGUUCUUUUCUACUA